GGAGCCAGUCAGGAGCCGCGGGCAAUAAGGAUUCAAUCACUCCCACGACACAAGCGGCCCAAACACUGAAAUCCCGUGACCCCGACAGGCGAGCUCCUAGAAGCCGGGUGGAGGAGCAGCUGGAACGCCGUGUCCGCGGCAGCUCUAGCUUCCCUUUCCGGACUUGAACUGUGGAAAGCACCAGCCUAGGCUUCCAGGAAUAUCUCGCUCUCGCCUGGAUAGACCCACGAGCUGAAAGAGAUUUUGCUGAAAAUCGAUCGCUCCGAAGUUGCUUUCUGCUUCACCAGGGACCGGAGCUGUCGCAGAAUUAGCCGGUGGUGUUGAAGCAGUUCUAAGCUGCACCAUUACAUUUCCGAAAAAACUUGGAAAAACGGAGAAUGAUUCUAGAUUUGAACAAAGGGGAAACCCACCUGAACCGACCAUUGAAAACUCCACUCAGGCAGCAAACAGGACGAUGCGGACUCAUGCCCCUCAGGACUCAUAAUAAUUUCAUUAAAGUUGUCAACAGGAAAGAAUUUCGAUUUCUGAGCGCAGGAUCUAAAGGCUAAUUAAAAGCCAAAUGUAGCUUAUUGCACGAUCUGUGAAAUUCUCACGUAGUAAUCACAUCAUACGGACCGCUGGCACGUAGUUUACACUUAGUUCUAAUUGCAACACAUGAAAAGAGUAUCUUAACAAGCGCGGUAGUUGGUGGGAAUUUAAAAAUAAUGUGGGACUUUUGUAAACUUUGCAUAGUUAAAUAGACUGGCUGUUUCGGGGUGUUAAAAUGUACUUAAUUUUGUUUUAUUCAGAGCCGAUCUACGUUCCUUUCCUUAUUGUUGGGUCCAUAUUCAUCGCCUUCGUUAUUGUGGGCUCGUUGGUAGCUGUUUAUUGUUGCACGUGUUUAAGACCUAAACAACCAUCGCAGCAGCCAAUACGAUUCUCUCUUCGAAGUUAUCAGAUCGAGACUCUUCCAAUGAUCCUCACUUCCACCGGCCUCCGGACACCGUCUCGACAGUCCAGUACUGCAACCAGUUCGAGUUCUACUGGAGGCUCCAUCCGCAGGUUCUCUUUUGCCAGGGCAGAGUCUGGGUGCUUAGUGGCAUCUCCACCUUCACCUUACACGUCUGGGUGCCUACAAACAGGCCAUUCUAUCCACCUAACUCAACCAGCUGGAUUUUUGGUGUCAUCACCCUAUUUCGGCUAUCCUCUUCAACCAGAACCUUCUCUAGCUGGGAGGAGCUGCCCAGAUUUUUAGCUACGAGUUUUCAAGAGUAAUAUAGCCAUAGGAGGUACACUGCUACUGUGUACAUUUCACAUUAACAUGUUCUGUAGCUAUGGAACUCAAUCCUAUGUGAAUGGGGGAGUUGCCCAUUUAAAAUGCAAGAUUGCAUAGAAAUUGGUACAAAUAUUUUAGUUGUAACACAGUUUCCUUGUACUUGGGUCACAACUGCAUAUACAUUAUGAAACAUUUUAAACAGUCACUGCUUUCAGGAAGUUUCAGAGAGGUAGCUGUGUUAAUCUGUUUCAACAGAAACAAUGAGGGGUCCUGUGGCACUUUAAAGACCAACAAAUGUAUUUGGGCAUAAGCUUUAGAGUGCUACAGUUCACUUCCUCAGAAGCAUGAAGUGGACGCUUCAGUUUGGCAGGAAUUUAUACAAAGAUGGGAGUUAAUUGGCCUUGUUAGCACUGAUGUAAACACUUCCAUCUCAAUAUAAAUCCCUACCAAACUGAAGCUUCCAUGCAUCUGACCAAUGGAACUGCAGCCCAUGAAAACUUAUUAUUUCAAAGUGACCUUUUGAUAAUUCAUUCUAAUGUGUGCAGAAUUUCUACAGAGAAAUGUGGAAUACCAAUUUGGGGUACAAUUUUUAAUAACAUAACUACAGUUAUAAAUUAUUUUGCGGGCCAAAUGAUAUUAACUCAGUGACAACAAAUCUGACUCAGCAACUCUUGAACAGCCAUUUACUUACCAGACUAGUCCUAUUUACUGCAAUGAUACUGCUCAAGUGAAUAAUGGUUGCAGGAUCCUUACCUGGGAUUGAGGGAAGAAAGCUAUAAAAUGGCGUGGGGGUUGUACAUGAUUAUAAAUACCAGAAUCAUUUCUUUAACAUGCACAUAAUAUAAAUGAGGUUAGAGAGCAGAAACUUUGUUUUUUCUAACACUUUACUUACCGUAAGGUGUUAGAAAGCUAGGGCCAGAUAUUUUAAUGCUGGUUAGGUUUAGUUUAAAACAAGCCCAAGCUUCCAGCAGUCAGAUCAUUAUAUAUGGAAAAAGUACAACCUACACAGUAAUGUCAUUAAGAGAUUGUCAAUGUAAAAUUCAAACACAUAAUUAAUUCAAAGCAUUUUUGUGAAAGGAGAAUUUACUGUAAGUUUUUGGUUCUGCAAUAAAUACAAAUUGGACAAAGUGGUCUUCAAGUUCUAUUUGUAAAAUUAGUAAUGUAUAAAAUGUAAAGACAGAUUCAUAAUUUAAAAUGUAUGUACAGCAUUGACAAU